CUCAGCCCCAGCUCUGCUACACCAAUAAUCAUGUCCGGAGGCUGGAAUACGAUCGAGAGCGAUGCGGGCGUCUUCACAUACCUCAUCGAGAAGCUCGGCGUCAGAGAUGUACAGUUCGAGGAGCUCAUGACACUUGAGCCGGAGGAACUGCGGCGGCUAGGCAAGAUAUACGGCGUCAUAUUCCUCUUCAAGUACCCCACUGGUGAGACGCGGUCGGAUACACCGAAGGAUGGAAGCUUCGACCACGAUGCAGCAAACAACCUCUUCUUCGCCGCGCAGACAAUACAGAAUGCAUGCGGUACACAAGCGCUACUUUCGGUAUUGCUGAACAAGGAUGGAGAAGUCGAUAUUGGAAAGGAAUUGAGGGAGUUCAAAGAGUUCACGGGAGAGUUUCCACCGGAGUUCCGCGGCGAGACGCUGUCGAACUCCGAUGUCAUCCGAGAAGUGCACAACUCCUUCGCGAGAUCAUCGCCCUUCAUAGACGAGACGCAGCGAACAGCGACCGAGGACGACGACGUCUACCACUUCAUUGCCUAUACCUCAAUAAAUAACAAGCUCUACGAGCUCGAUGGACUACAACCCGCACCCAUCUCCCAUGGCGACUGCACCGCAGAACAAUUCCCCGACAAAGUCAUACCGGUCCUCCAGCGUCGCAUCGGCAGAUACCCCGCGACCGAGAUCCGAUUCAAUCUUCUCGCUUGCGUCCAAGACCUCCGAAUCCGCGCCCGGGAGAUAGGAGAUAUGGAAGCUUUGGAAGAGCAGGAGGAUAAGCGCAACGCUUGGCUAUGGGAGAACGCUCUUCGGAGGCACAACUUUGUUGGGUUCGUGGGUGAGCUGAUGAAAGGUGUUGUGAAGGCGAAGUUAGCACAGGGAGGCGGCGCCUACGACAAAUGGGUAGAGGAGGCAAAAGGGAAGACGAAGAAGAGGAUGGAAGACCGGAAGAAGCAGGGUAUCGCCAGCGAUGGUAUCGAUUGAAGUUGGCAUCUCUAGCUCGGAGCGGGCAGCUAGCAUAAGGCAUCGAUGUCUUCGGGACAGGAAAGACCCGGUCGGAGAAGAAUUACUCGAACCGACCCUGACUUACUGAAACAUAUCUAAUUAUCGUAAGGAUCCUCCGUGGGAGUGACUAAAGCGGAGGUGUUUCGGCAUGCCCGUUUAAACAGGCACGCCUUUGUCCUGUCAACAGUAUUGACAAUGUCUUACUAAACUUUGAUGCAUCGCACACCGGCGGCUCUACAGACCCCCGAAGCGGCGCACUAAGUCGUAGAAUGUCUCGCUGACUGAGCCUACC